AGCACUCGUUCAUGCUUUCGUAUGUGUGUGCACGGAGUGCAAAUAUAGAUAAAAAAAAAUAGAAAGGAAAGCAGAUGGGGGAAAGAAGCAGUAAGGCAAACAUUACAGAACAGCGAGAAACUUCCGGGUUUGCCUUGUGAGCUAUCACGUGCCCCGCUACUUGAAACUCAUAUGACUGUCACGUGAAUCUGAAAAGUCGUCGAAUCGUCAUUGAAGCAGAUUGAAGUGAUAGGGUGAUAGGUAAUUGGCAUUUUGCCGUCGUACGACGGUGAAGUGCGAAGUGGGUGGAUCUCUAUGCGGCCCGUGGCAUCCCUUUUACAGAUUAAACUGGAAGUGAAGUAAAAAGAAAUAAUACUACACACUUUUGGCCGACCAAGCUACUGCACAAUGAUGUUUUCUGCGGCUCACGGGAGUAAGGUGUGCCCACUGCUCCGGCGGAGCAUUCAAGUACUGAGCCCUCCGGGCAACUUCGCGACGCUUCGUGCCCUGGGAACGGCAUCCCCUUUGACUGAAACGCGUGUCAGCGAAACGCGUGGCCAAUACGCUUCACUAAAAGAUGCUGACGUACGGACCUUUGAAAAUCUGCUUGGGAGCGACUGUGUGCUGACCGAUCCAUCAGAUGUGGAACCAUUCAACUGCGACUGGUUGAAGACGUGCAGAGGGUCAAGCUCGCUAGUGCUGCUACCACGCACAACGGAAGAAGUCUCGGCAAUCUUGCAGUACUGCAACGAGCACAACUUGGCUGUGUGUCCACAAGGCGGCAACACGGGACUCGUGGGAGGCAGCGUACCAGUCUUCGAUGAAGUUCUGCUGUCUACAAAAAAGAUGAACAAGAUCGGCAGUCUGGAUUCAUUGUCAGGUGCUGUCACGUGUCAGGCGGGCUGCAUCUUGGAAACCUUGGACGAUUAUGUUGGAAAUGAAGGCUACGUGGUUCCACUUGAUCUUGGUGCAAAAGGAUCUUGCCACAUCGGAGGCAAUGUUUCAACAAAUGCGGGGGGGCUUCGUCUUCUGCGAUACGGCUCUCUGCACGGCACUGUUCUGGGCUUGGAAGCUGUUUUAGCGAAUGGAAAAAUUAUAAACUGCCUCCAGCGUCUGCGAAAAGACAACACGGGCUACGACUUGAAGCAACUUUUCAUUGGUUCCGAGGGAACGCUAGGUGUAGUAACUCAGGUGGCCCUGCAGUGUGCACCAAGGCCGGCAACCUCCUGCGUCGCGUUUCUGGGUUGUCAGACCUUCAACGGUGUCCUGCAGACGUUUAGGGCAGCCAAGGGUAUGAUGCCGGAGUUCUUAUCUUCGUUUGAAUUCAUGGACAGCGAAUCGAUCCGUUGCUUGGUCGAGAACAGAGGAUUUACGAUCCCUGUGAAGGAGCACCCUUUCUAUUUACUAAUCGAAGUUUCAGGUUCUGAGGAGGAUACACUGGAGGACAGUUUGCUAAAAUUUGUGGAAAGAGUGAUGAAAGAGGAUUGGGUCCUAGAUGGAACGAUGGCGAAAGAACCGUCGCGCGUAAAGGACUUGUGGCGGAUUCGGGAAACCAUACCGGAAUCCCUCCUCCACGACGGGUACAUCUACAAGUACGACGUCUCCGUACCGCUCAAGUGUUACGGUGACGCGGUAGGACUGAUUCGCAGUCGAGUGGGGGACCGCGCAGUACGCGUGUGCAGUUUUGGUCACAUGGGUGACAGCAACCUGCACCUCAACGUCACCUCCCGCACGUUCAGCGCGGAAAUACUGGCACAGAUAGAACCUUUCAUCUAUUCCUGGACGUCCUCCUUACAAGGUAGCAUCAGCGCUGAGCACGGAAUAGGUCUUUUGAAAAGGAAAUAUUUGCAAUACAGCAAAACACCAGCAGCGAUUGAGACCAUGCGACUGCUCAAGCAGUCGAUGGACCCAAAGGGGAUUUUAAACCCGUACAAAGUGAUUCCAUAGGCAUAAAAAAAAUUGCGCUAAUAAAAUGGUUUGAUGUUUUA